AUGAGUCUUCAGGCAAAACAGGAAAAGAUGAAAUCUGAUUUGCAGCAGAAAAUUCACAUAAGAGAGCUCAAGAUGGCAGAAGUCAGAUCAUCGGAAAUAGACUGCAAGGGUACUCUGGAUGCUGAAUGGUUGGAAGUCAAUCAUUUCUUCUCAGAGGCUAUCAGAGUUGUGGAAGAUGCUCGAAAGAAAGCGCUUAAGCCUCUGGAGGAUAGGAGACAGAAAGUGAAAGGAGAUGCUCAGGAUAUCAUCCAGAAGCUGCAAAGAGAAAUUGAUGUGCUCAAAAAGGCCAUUGCUGAAGCACCCAAAAACCCAGACUUGGAGGUUUCUCCACUAACAGGCCUGAAUGAAUCUACUGACUGGAAAAAUGUACAAGUUGACACUUCACUCUUCUUUGGCACACUGAGAACUACGACUUCAGCCAUGAUGAAGCAAAUUCACGACAAACUGGAAAAACUCUCAUCCAUCGAACUCAGGAGGAUUACUAAAUUUGCAGUGGACGUGAAGCUGGACCCGGCGACCGCACACCAAAGCCUUGAAAUUUCUGAUAAUGGGAAAAAAGUGAGAGAUAGUGGAAAGAUGUCGAAAGAUCCUGAUUCUCCACAGAGGUUUAAUAUGUUUGGAAGUAUCCUGGGGCUCAACAGGCUGUCCUCUGGCAGGGCAUACUGGGAGGUGGAGGUCAGCAAAAAGACCGGGUGGGAUCUGGGUGUGGCGAGACGAGACGCAAACCGCAAGGGGAAACUCUCAAUCAGUCCUGACAAUGGUUACUGGGCUACUGUACAUUAUGAAGACCAGAAAUAUUCAGCCCUGACAACACCACCAGUGAGCCUUUCACCUAAAAGGAAACCUCAGAAAGUAGGGGUGUUUGUAGAUUACGAGGAAGGUCUCGUGUCCUUUUACGAUGUGACGUCUCAGUCUCACAUCUACUCAUUUACUGAGUGUUUGUUCGGUGGUGAGAUCCUUCCAUACUUCAGUCCACAUCUGAAACAAAAUGAGAAAAACAGCAAUCCUCUGAUUAUCACUGCUGUGCAAAAGCAGUAGUAAUCACAAGCACUGGAUCUGGUGCAGUGAAUGCAUCACUGGUAAGCAAUAUAUGUGUCCAGGUGUGCAGUAACAGUUUAAUGUUUUUUCUGUGUGCAAACAGAGUUUUCUUAGAUUUUCCAAGAUUGUCCAAAUUUCAACAUUUUUCAUUUUUCUACAUUUUUUAUUAUAACAUGCAUAAAGAUCACCUGACUCAGGUUUUUAUGUACCAUAUUUUCUAUUCAGUGUGCAGUAACAGUUUGCUCACCUGCCCAUCGGGCAUUUGAUCGGUCAAAUUUCAACAUUUUUCUUAUAACAUGCAUUAAUGAAGAUCCUCUGACUGAGGCAUCAAUUUUAGAGUUUUAUUUUUUAUGUACUAUAUUUUCUAACUUUUAACAUUUGAAAAGUAAAAGUAAAAGUAAAAGGGUUAUUCAGGACUCAGGAUCUAUGACACACGGGGAGCCAGGGAUCAAACCACCAACCUUACCAUUAGCAAAUGGCCUGCUCUAGCAACUAAGCCACAGGGGCCCUGUUUUUGAAAGUUGACUUUAAAAUAUUAGCUUACAUCAUAUGUCUUGACUGAUGUCCUAAGAGUUGCAAGACUGGAAUACUUGAAAUCUCUGUGCCUGUGACAUUUGGACUCUGCUGAUUCUUUUCUGCUUUGUACAGCUGUAGUCCACUCCACCGCCAUAUAAACACAUACAGCACCCCCUUCCCACAGCUCUAACUAUAAAUGCUGUUUGUUAUAAUUGUUGACCAAAGGAUGGAUUACAAGUCCUGCUUGUUUGUCGUGUUUUUGCUGAUUGUCCAUCACUUAUUGUAUCAACAAACUGUUUACUUACUUACUCUUUGUAGCUCUGUUUUACAGAUCCUUUUUUGUAACUAUUUCCUUCUGUUCAACCAUUUGUUUCAUUUUGUACUUUUUCUACUCAGACUUCUUAUAUUGUGGUGUUCAGGAAUCGCUGUAUGUCAUUUAAAAGAUGUGUGUCAUAUAAUCUAUGACAUUAAAUG